ACCCUCCAGCACUACACCAUGUAGACACAAGGGGGCGCUGUUUAUACACUUCACCCCGGUGCUACACCCGGAAGUCUCGCGCACAGAGCAGUCUCAUCCUCUCCUAUAAUAAACUUAUUCUGAGACGCAGUGAGGAGUGACUCUGUGGGAGACAUGUCUCUGUGUCUCACUAACAUCAGCAUCACUGUGACUGAGGACAUGACCGAGGAGAAGAAUGUGAAGAAGGACUUUGAGUGUGUGGAGCUGGGAGACCUGGGACAGAGGGACGAGUGCAGAGAGAAGACUCCACGCCGAGUCAUUCACUUCUCCAGCGGAGAGACAAUGGAGGAAUACAGCACCGAGGACGAGGACGACCACACACACGCCCGGGGGGACAAGAAGGACCUUUUGUCCUCAGUGGACGCGUCGAAGCUGACGUGGGGUCCAUAUGUCUGGUUUCAGAUGUGGAGAGCAGCAACAAACACUGUGUCAGCGUGUGAUUAUGUGGGUGAGAGAGUGGCCUCGCUGUUCGGCAUCACAUCGGCCAAAUAUCAGUACGCCAUCGACGAGUACAACAGGAACAACAAACAGAAGGAGGAUGAAGUUGGUGAUUCUCUUGGCUCAGAUGAGGCGGAGUCACGCUUUGAGGAGAAUCAAAAGGAUGAGAUCCAGGAGCAGAACUCUGACAAGACUAAAGCUGAUGAAACUGUGAACCUGGAAGCUGAGACUCCUUCUGAACCUGAGAACCUGGACGUUGAGGUUUCUCCUGGACCGGAGAACCUGGACGCUGAGACACCUCCUGGACCCGAGAACCUGGACAGUGAGACUCCUCCUGGACCUGAGAACCUGGACGCUGAGACUCCUCCUGGACCUAAGAACCUGGACGCUGAGACUCCUCCUGGACCCGAGAGCAUCAGUGUUCUGGUUCCUUUACCAGACGUUUAGGCGACUCCAGUUGCAUCACAGAUGUUCCUUCUUAUGCAGCACUAAACAAACCUACACACUUUCCUGUUUUAAUAGUGUGUGUGUGUGUGUGUGUGUGUGUGUGUGUGUGUGUGUGUGUGUGUGUGUGUGUGCGUUACAUUGCUUUAACCUCGUCAUGGACCGAAUGUCAAAGCUUCAAUCUUUUUUAUACCAUUUUGCACUGAUUUACUGAAAUACUGAAGUACUGAGUUAUUUAUAUUUAUAAUUCUGUUAUUUAAUAAACCUUCAGAAUUUAUUUUUAAGUCAUUUGUAAAACUCUGGAAGCCUUAAUCGCAUCCA